CUGAGAGUGUGCAGCAGCGGAAGGCAGAGAGACAGCGAGCAGAGAGAGAGAGAGAGAGAGAGAGAGUGGGCAGGGCUCGAGGUAUGUGAGAACAACAGCACGCCGGGCCAGUGGGACAGACAGGGGGAGUGAGACGAAAAGGAAGGAGGGGAGUGUGUGCUUGAGUGCCUCGUGAGUGUGUGUGUGUGUGUUAGUGUGCAAGUGUGUGUGUGUAAAACCAGACGUGUCCAAGUGCAAGACAGUGAGCUGGAGAGAGAGAGAAAGGGAGAGAGAUGCUCGGAGAGGAUGAGGAGUAGCGGGGCGAGGCAGCAGCGUGAGGAGCCGAGCGUGUGUGUGUGUGUGUGUGUGUGUGUGUAUCUGUGUGUGUGUUGGAGGGAUAGUGUGUGAACAGAGGGAUGCAGUCAUGUCUCUGUGAGAGGGAGCAGCACAGCAACGGUAACCAUGCUGAGCCCCAAGAUAAAACAGGCACGCCGGGCGCGGUCCAAGAGCAUGGUGCUUGGAGAGUUGACUCGGGUCUCCAGGCCCUGCUCUCCUCUGGAUCAGGAGAAGGCUCUGAAGGCAGGCUGGCUGAAAAGACAGCGCAGCAUCAUGAAAAACUGGCAGCUGCGAUGGUUUGUGCUGAGGACCGAAGCCCUGUAUUUCUACAAGGACCAGGAUGAAACCAAGGCACAGGGUUGUAUCCCUCUUCAGGGCAGUCAGGUCAAUGAGCUGCCUGCCAAUCAAGACGAGCCUGGUCGCCACCCUUUUGAAAUCGUUCCAGGGGGGACGGGAGAGAAAGAUCGAACAGGUGUGAGUCACGAGUCAUUCCUGUUGAUGGCCAAUUCUCAGAGUGACAUGGAGGAAUGGGUCCGAGCCAUACGCAGAGUCAUAUGGGCUCCACUAGGAGGAGGUGUCUUUGGGCAGCACCUAGAGGAGACAAUGUUGUAUGAGGCCCAGUGUGGCCCUCAGCGACUGGUCCCCGUGCUGGUCGAACAGUGUGUGUGUUUCAUACGCGAACACGGGCUGGGGGAGGAGGGCCUUUUCAGGGCCCCCGGACAGACCAAUCAUGUGCGAGAGCUGCAGGACGCGUUUGACCGCGGCGAGAAGCCAGUGUUCGACAGUACCACAGAUGUCCACACAGUGGCAUCGCUGCUAAAGCUGUACAUACGGGAGCUGCCGGAGCCUAUAAUCCCAUUCUCCAAAUACACACAGUUUCUCUCUUGUGCUCAGCUUCUUACCAAGGAUAAAGCAAUGGGUAUCUUAGAGCUAGGCAAACAGGUGAAAUCCCUUCCUCAGGUCAACUACAACCUCCUUAAAUACAUCUGCAAGUUUCUAGAUGAGGUUCAGUCUCACUCCAAUGAGAAUAAGAUGAGUGUCCAGAAUCUGGCCACUGUGUUCGGACCUAAUAUCCUUCGGCCCAGAGUGGAGGACCCAGUCACCAUGAUGGAGGGAAGUUCACAAGUGCAGCACCUGAUGACUGUGCUGAUCAGCGAACACGCCGGACUUUACCAACGGGAAGAGCCGGAAACAGAGACCAAGAUCCCCCCGCAGCAACAACCGCUGAAUCCUCUCAGUCGGAGCAAAGUCGAAUGGAUCUCACAAGACGAAACUGACGCCGCUCCCUCCUCGGGCACAGGCUCCAAAACCCCUAAAGAGAAACCCCAACCUUCCACCCCCACUACUGACAGUAAGCCGACUGCACCGAGCACCAUUACAACGUCACAUACGGCUGAGGAGGGUCAGACUGAGAGCAAUAUGAAGAUGGAGGAGAAAGUGGACGGAAAAGCAGAGAGUAAAAGUGAGGGAAAAGGUGGGAGUGAAGUCGCUGUUAGCCCCAGUAAACAGUCCAAAGCCCUGCCCUCUUGGAGGUGCUCCUUCAAGGGCAGUGCGGCAUCCGGGGGACCGAGGGGGAAAAUAGGGGGGUCAGCAGGGGACGUGUCAGCAGCUGGGGGCAGCAACUGGCUGAUGAAUGGCCUGUCGUCCCUCCGAGCUCACAGGCGCACCACCUCCUCUGGUGAAAGACUUAAAGACUCAACUCUGUCUCUGAAGGAUUCAACCCUCUCGCUUAAAGAGACCGCUCUCUCACUUAAGGACUCGCAGAGAGAUUCUGAUGAAGACUCCCCCCAAACGUCCUUGGCCCACAGAGCCCUCCACCAAUCCCACAGACUGUCUGCCUACGAUAAUGUCGCCCCCUCCAGUCUAAGCCUGCCCGCCGACACAGCCUCCAUCUGGACAUCCUUUGAGAUCUCGUUGACCGAGCCAGAGAGAAGCGACAAGGCCGUGAAAUUAGGGCAGGGUCAAGAGAGACCCGCGGAAAGGGGGGCAAGUCCAAAUUCUCUCGAUCACAGCGCAAGCGGCACUGAGGACGAUCUGGCUGGAACGAACGAAGGCCUCGCCAACAUGCUGACCGAGCUCAAGCAGGAGCUGAAGAAACAGAGGACGAGCUACGAGACCUGCAUUCGCAAGCUGGAGGAGUCCUGUUCUAAGUACCAGUCCCAGGUAAACCGCCUGGAGGAGGAGCUGGACCAGGAGAAGAAGAAGUUUAACAUGCUAGAGAUCCGACUCAGGAACUCGGAGCGGGCGCACCAAGACGCCGAGAACCGAAACAUUCUCCUGCAACAAGAAAUGGAGGAGUUCUUCAAAACCCUUGGGGAUCUGACCACAGGGGCAACACGGACCAACUAGACCAAACCAACCUGCCUUCAUCUGGUCCAUCAGAGGACGAGGAGCUCGAUUACUGGGAAGAUCAGCCAGCCCCAAAGCUUUGAAGACCAAAUACCUCUACUGCAGUACUACUUGCCAUCGUGUCCUCUUUAGUACCGCCGUCUUGUGCCUACACUGACCAGUGCCGGUGCCAAACGAGAACUCCUCUGGACCAAGCAGCUCUGAUUUAACCAUUCCAUAAAAUCCCUUAUUAUGAUGAUACAGCAUAGGUCAUGUAGCUGGUUAUUUAUUGACUUAAUUCUUCUGCCGGAGAGCAGAGGAAUUCUCAUCUGUGAGGUCAAGUCUUUCCAUAAACACCAGGUUCAUUUAUCGGAAGAACUCUUAAAGGAGACAGUGAAAGAAACAACACAAGUCAUUAAAAUUCAACUCUUUUAUUUGCUGGAGUUGAAGGUAGACAGUUUCCAGUUUCUGAUGUAUAUAAUUAGUCUGUUAGUGAGGCAAUUUCAGAUCCAAAGGCUAAAAUUCACACGACUGGCCUUGCCCAAACACACCACAGCCGGUUAACUUCUGCUGUCAGCGUCAUCCCAGUAGUGCUGAAUGGCUUUCCCUUCUUUUCCUCUACAAGGUACCUGCACUAAAAACCAGAAUUGCUCAGAGAAAACUCAUGCGUACUCUAUUCUAUCUUUUUUUAUUUUUUGGAGGAGAUGAAGAGGGAAAACCACAAAAGAAAAAGAGGAAGCCACAACAGUCAGUUGAGAUUGUGGCCCACAAGGGGGUCAGGACAUGCGUCACAAUCCCCCAAAGUGCAUUCUGAGAGCUGAUGCUAGGGGGUUACUGCCCGGAGUGCCCAACCAUGAAAAGGGGCAAAGGGACAGGUUGGGAAUUUGAGCCAUCACUCACAUCCAAAGGUUAUCAUGGCAGGUAGCAAAUGUCUGUUUCCCGACUCUCAGAAAACAAACAUACAGUAAAAAUGUACAGAUCGACCACCGACUAUACUAAUCUAUGAAUUAUAUUGCACAGAAAAAAAAAAACAAACGAAAAAGAUGAAACGAAAUGCAUAUAAAUAGAACUUCUGAAUGAAAUGUACAUUACAUACAAUAGACGCCUCCUAGCUUGAAAUAAAUAAAUAAAUAAAUAACACAAAUACAGAAAAAAAAAAA